AUGAAAUUAUUGGAAGAACAAAUAGCGAAUAAAGACCGUCAAAAUAUCCAAGAAAAUAAUAAACCUAAUAUACAACUCCCAAAAAUUAAAUUACCAUUGUUUGAUGGAAGUUACGAUAAAUGGUUCUCCUUUCAUGACAUUUUCCAAAAAGUUAUUCACCAAAGCAGCUUCUUAACAACCAUUGAGAAAAUGCAAUAUCUAAAAACAAAUAUCCGAGGAGAAGCAAGCAAAAUUAUAGAACAUCUAGAAAUAACUGAAGACAAUUACCUAUCAGCAUGGGAACUAUUGAAAAAAAGGUACGAAAAUAAGAGAUUGCUUGUAUCAACAUUAGUAGACAAAAUACUAGAUUUGCCUGUUUGCCACGAUGAGUCAGUUGAAAAACUUAAACAACUUCAUGACGUUACCAUGGAAUGCCUUAAUGCCAUCAAAAAUAUAGGUAUUGAAACAAUGUCUUGGGGACCCAUUGUAACCAGAAUAAUAAUGAGGAAAUGGGAUCCUACAACAAGCAAACUCUUUGAACAAAACUUAACCAAGCCGCAUGAAGUUCCAGACCUUGCCACAGUAAUGGAAUUCUUAGAAAGAAGAUUUCAAUCACUAGAGUCAUCAAAAAAUCAAGAGAUGCCAAAAGCCAGGAUUAUGUAUCCAAAAUCCGAAAUAAAAACAAGCUAUAAAAAUAAUGGUUAUAACACUUGUGGGUAUUGUAACAAAGACCACACAAUAUAUCAAUGUGAAGCUUUCAAGUCACUAGAUGUCAAAGAUAGAAACAAUGCCAUAAAAGCGAUGUCUUCACCAAAGUUCUGCAUACCACAAGUUGCAAACUGUUGGAUAUCAAUUUCCAUAAAGGGUGAAACAACAAACUGUGCUACUAAAGCCAUUUCGUUGAAAUCCUUAAAACGAUUUUUGAAGUUAUUAUUCAGGGUAGAAACUAUUUCUACAUGA